ACAAAGCAAAAUAAACAAGGUAAAUAGUGUAAUUUUGUUAUUAAAAUUCUGCUGAAAAUGGUUUGCGAGAAAUGCGAAUCCAAGUUGACUAAGGUGUCAGCGCCCAAUCCAUGGAAAACAAGCAAUGCAACAGCAGGCGGCCGCAAGGUCAAUGAGAACAAAGCAUUGUCAAGCGCCAAAGAACGUUUUAACCCUAUGGGAAGCGCCUUAAAGCCAUGUCGCAUUUGCCGACAGAAGGUACAUCAAAUGGGAGCUUACUACUGUCAAGCAUGCGCUUAUAAGAAGGCCAUUUGCUCCAUGUGUGGCAAGAAAAUAUUAAACACCAAAAAUUAUAAACAGAGCUCUACGUAAUAUGCAAUUUUAAUAUUUAGUAACAACGCAUUGAUCAUAAGCCUAGUGUACAAACUUAUAGUAUAUAAUUAAAUAGUUCUGACCUUAACUACUUUGG